UCCAAAAUCUCAAACUCAAAUAGUGAAAAAAUCGAAAAAAUACUUGAAAAUAUAACUGAUGGGCACGUUACCUUAUACAAUUCAGGGACUUCUGCAAUUAUGGGCAUUCUCAGCUUUAUUAACCCUUCCAGCAUCUAUAUACAUGAAAAGGGGUAUCAAGGUACCCACGAUGUUAUCAAGCUUUUACAUAAACUCACCGGUGUUCAGAAAUUCUCUUUGGAUCAUUUGAUAAAACUUCGGCAUGAAGACGUCCCAGAAAAUUCUAUAAUAAUCUUGGAAUCUCCAAUGAACCCUCUUGGAUACGUUCACGACUUAUCUUACUACUCUCGUAUAGCUAAGUCUUGCAAGUCCUGCAAGCUCAUUGUUGAUUCUACCUUGGCUCCUCCACCCCUACAGUUUCCUUUUAAGCAAGGUGCUGAUUUUAUCGUUUAUUCUGCGGUGAAAUAUCUUGCAGGUGUGAGUGACCUGGGAGCAGGGUUUAUUGUAUCACAAUCAGUUGACUCCAAAACAAAUUUGCACAUGGAAAGGAGCUCAUUGGGUACUUCAAUAGCCAACUUUGACAGCUUCUUGCUAGUGCGAAGCCUCAGAACCUACAAGAUGAGAAUCUUAACUCAGUGUAAUAAUACAGAAAAGAUAAUAAAGUUCUUUAUGAAAAAUUUUAAGAAUUAUAGUCAAAUAGUCGAUAAAAUACAUCACGCUUCUCUACAAGCCAAUAAAGAUGUUGUAAUGAAACAACUGAAUGGAUACUAUAAUCCUGUUUUUGCUUUGGAGCUGAAACACGAGGUUUAUGCUGAAACACUGCUGGGGGAAUUUAACUUUUUGAGCAACAAUCCAAAUUUAGAAGGUGGUGAAACAUUGGUAGAGUUGGUUCAUGGGAACUCAAACUUCAGCCAUAAAUUUGUUGACGAUGGUGAUUCUGUCAAAGGAAAUAUGGCGUCAGACGCCAAUUACAAAAAAAUGUUGAGAUUUAGUGUAGGAUGUGAGGACUUUCAAGAUAUAAUUAAAGAUAUUGAUCAGGCUUUGAUGAGUUUGAUU